UCCGGCAAAUCUGUGUUUGCUGCAUUGAAGUUGGCAGUGGUAGAAUCCCGUCUCCCAACUCUCACCGGCCAUGAUGGCCCUCCAACCUAUUCAUUAACAACGACUGGGGCAUCACAUGCAGCCACGGCUAAAAUGUCUGCGCACGAGACGACUCCCGGGCAAAUACGCUCGACUGCUGUCUUGGCAGCCUCAAUCACAUCAAACCCUCUGGCGGAAUUGGCAUUUGGGCCGGCCGAUUUCUCGCUUUGGAUUGUGGGGGAGUCGUCCAGAAGGAUUGAAGCGUCGCAGCCUUGUACAAAGCAGUCGUGAAAAUGAAGGCGGAUAAGAGAGGCAGCCAUGCGGCGCUCACGGGCAACCGCCUGCCGGAUGGAAGUACGGAUUGUUCCGAGUGCAUUGGGACAUGUACGGGCGUAGAAAGUGGGGGACAGCUGGGCUUGUGAUGGGGUAGUGGAGAUGAGUAGUGAGAUUGUUGUUAGGGUUAGGACAAAGUUGCUGGCUUUCGUGGUGCCCUUGUUGAGACAAUAUUGAAAAGCGAAAUUGCUUGUUAUUAGUAUUAUUUAUAUUUUUUAACUAAAAAGACAGAAGUAAUGCUAAAGUCAAUUUACUUGGAGAUGAAGUUGAUUGAGAAGUAGGGCAAUUUGGG